ACGCAACGCGCGUCAGUCGAAGGUUUUCACGUGUGGUGUACGGUGGUGUCCGUCUACGCGCAGCAGAAGCGAUCUAAUCGAGCACGGAAGCGCGGAGCGAUAAGAGGAGGUGCACGCGCGUUUGUGCGUGUGUGCGUGUGUGUGUGUGCGACGGAGGGGACGCGACGCGCGUCUCCAGCGAGAGCUGCUGCUCGUCGUGAUCGCGCGUAUUCAAUCGCCGCGGCGUCAGUGGUGAUGCCUUUGUCCGACACGGCGCGACACGGCGGCAUGAAAUAACGACGGGCCGGAAAGAAUCAACGAGAGGCGGCAGGCAGCAGCGGCGACGUCCUGAUUCAACGAAGCGUCCGUGCUCAGUCCUCAGUGCAGGCUAGUCGGUCGCUCGGCGGUCGUUGUCUCCGCGUCUAUCGUCCAUCCACCUGUGUGUCUGUCCAUCCACAAUCCAUCCCGAGCCAUCGUCCGGCAGCCGAGUAACGACGGAGUCGGUGUGGAGCCAAGGAAAUCGGUGACGGGGAAACGAUAUCUUUUUUUCCCAAACGACGAGGACUCACGUCUUUAAAAAACAAAAACCCUCCCUCAAAAAAACCCGUAAACUUCCACUCUUCCACCUUACAAGGGCUGUCGUGUGAUCACGUCUUCCUCGAGGUGCGCGCACUCGCGCGCGCGUUUGUGUGUGUGUGUGCGAGAGAGGAGGUUAUCUCCCGGUAAAGAUUCUCAGAACAGUCUACCGAUCUCCGGACCAGCCGUUGACGUCGAACCCGAGAGCGAACGACCCACGAGGAACGCCACCCUCGCGAGAGGAACUCCCGGUGGUGCGUAGUACGCCAGGGAUUAUCUUGACAGAACGCAAACGACAACAAACAUGGCCGCCGCGGCGUCAUACGCGUGCACGCGCAACUGCACGAGCGCGGUUGGGUACCUGCCGACGACGUCCUGCGACGGCAUCCUCGCGGCCGGCGCCGACGGCGAGUGGCUGCCCUGGCACGAGGUCGUAAGCUACUUCACCUACAACCCGUGGAUAUUCUCCCUGCUGGGCAGCACGGUGGUCGGCCUCACGGGGAUCUUCCCCCUCUGGCUCAUACCCAUCCAGGACGGCGUGGACCUGAAAACCGGCGAGAACGGUGGUACUCUGAAGAUUCUUUUGAGCUUUGCCGUUGGUGCAUUGUUGGGCGACGUUUUUCUACAUCUUCUGCCGGAGGCAUUCGAGAGCGAAUUCCAAACGAGAGCCAAAAAUAAUCAUGCGUCUACGCCUGCGGGCUUGUGGGUAUUGUCCGCUUUUCUGUUCUUUGUAAUCGUCGAAAAACUUAUCGCCGCCGUAAACAUGGAAGCCCCGAUUAUUGCAGACCAGCAAACUGAUGAAACAUCGAUCAAGGAUGUAAAUAAAGAAAAAGAGAUAGAUAACAAUAAUUGCAUCAUGAUGAAUACAGAGAAGAACAAUUUCCUAAAAAAAGAGGUACAAUUCCCGGAGAAACAAUCCAAUAAGAUCGAGUUUGCGCAAAUUUCAAACAGUAUCAAAGAUCCACGAAAGAAUGGUUUUAAAAAUGUUGACAUUAUGAAAUCGACAUUAGCAAGCGAAUGUCCUAAUGACGAGUGUCCGUUGGUUGACGAGGCGAAGAGCUACUUAGAGAAACUUACGAAGGCUAAUGGCUUCACAUCGACGAUUUCACGUGUUGACUCUCCAUGCGUACGCUCAUCGAGCAAUAUUAUUAAUCGUUUGACCGCAUGGACAAAGAAAUCUACUUCCGACUUGUUACGCAAAUUUUUUGAUCCCAAAGCUUUUCCCGGAUACCUGAAUCUUUUGAUGAACUUCCUCGAUAAUUUUACUCAUGGCUUAUCCGUGGGUGGAUCGUUCCUAAUUUCCUUCCGUGUUGGUGCUCUCAGCACAUUUACUAUUUUGGUGCAUGAAAUACCUCAUGAGGUUGGUGACUUCGCUAUUCUGUUACGAAGCGGAUUUAACAGAUGGGAUGCUGCGCGGGCGCAGUUAAUCACAGCUAGCGGUGGAAUCGUUGGUGCUUUAGCUGCCGUCUCUUUUUCUAGCAAUUUAGAGGAAAGAACUAAUUGGAUAUUGCCAUUAACAGCAGGAGGAUUCAUACAUAUUGGUCUAGUAACCAUCCUACCGGAUCUGUUAAAAGAAACGAACACAAAAGAAUCUUUGAAACAACUUGCCGCUUUACUUUUGGGAGUCAUUAUCAUGGCUGCGUUGAUCUUUAUUUAGAUCAAAUAUUCAUUAAACAAUUAGUUACAUUAAAAAAUUGUAUUAUGUUAAUGUAAAUUGCAGUUAUAACUCUUGAUAUGUAUUUAUACAAUAUUCUGAAGUUGCCAUAAAAUUGUAAUAUUUUUCUUUCUAUAUUAUUUAUUGAAAGAACAUGUGUUGUAUUUUGCUUCGUUAUUAUUUUGAGUGUAUGACAAUUAUUUUUAUUUAGUUAUUAAAAACUGUUUCUUCUUUUUCAAUAAUCCAAUUUCCAUCUAGAGAUUAAACAACAAAAACUAAAUAGUUCUAAAAUAUUUUUUGCAUUGUUUUAAGAUAAUUAUGAGCACUAUUAAAUUGCUUGUUAAUUUAAUUUAUGGUAUUAUACAAGCUCCUAUUUUAGACUGAUAUUUUGAUUAGGGACUGUGUUUCAAGACCGAAACAAUCGGCGCAAAAAUAUUGACAUCAAGAGCCUUGAUCGAAUAAGGCUCUUUCCGGUUAUUUGUGAUAAAAUAUUUUGUAUUAAAAAUAUUUUUCAAUACUCGUAUAUUACUCUGUAAGAUUAUUGCAUUCUUUCAGUGAAUAACAUAGAGAAAAAAAGAAGUGAAUGAGAGAGAGAAAAAGAGAGAACGAGAAGAGCAAGUGAGCGAAAAGAAAAGAGAAUUUGUAUAUUACUUUAUGACAAUUAAGUUAUUUAUUAUCUUGUUACGUUUCAGUGACAAAAUAAUUCGAAAGAUAUUGUAAAUUGCACAUAAUUUAUACAUAAACGCGCUCAAAUAUUUAUUAUAAUUAAAAGACAAUAUUUUUUCAAUAUACAAUUAAUUCUUCAAUAAAAGACAAUCUAAUAUUAAAAAUCUGAUUUAAAAUAUUGACAAUUUUUAAUAAUGAUAUCGAUUAAGGUAUUUAAUAUUUACGCAUAUUGAAUUGUUUUCCAUAUUUUUAUGCCAUAAAUAAUUGCAUCAAAAUAUAAGCAUGUGCAUUUCAUAAAUUUAAUAUCUAUUAAUGUAAACUGUUUUCAGAUUAUCUAAAUGUUUUUUUGAUUUAGAAAAAAAUUAGAAUGUUUCAAUUUUUUAAUUAAAAAAUUAAGUAAUGUAAAAAGCUAUACACAUAUUUUGUAAAAUCAAUAUUAAAUCAAUAUCAUGUUUAAUUUUUAACUAGUAUAUUGUCUUAUUAUCAGAAAUGAUCAGUCACACUGUGACAUGCUGAGUAAUAUUAUUAUACGAUAAAAUUCAUAUAUUCAUGUGUAUAUAUAGGUGAAUAUAUGUAUAUAUGAAUUAUAUGCGACAGCUGAUUCAUAAGAUAAUAGUUAUCUUGUCAUUAAUAAGGUGAUAACAUUGUACAUGAGGUUACACAGAUAAUCGUAAGAGGUAAAUAAAUUUUUUCAACUUGUUAUAACUUAAUUGUAAUAAUAUACAAAUUCUCUCGUUUUUUCCUACUCUUAAAUUUGAUAAAUUUCAAGAGUCUAAAUAUAGCAAACUUUUUAACAUAUUUAAUAAAACUUGUAAAAUCGCAUAGAAACAUAGAUUACAUUUUGACCACGCAAGAUCUAAUGAGCAAACCGAAUAAAAUUAAAUUACAUUCCUUGUACCUACGCCUUUACUAAUUGGUAUUAAAUAUUCACAAUGUAUUCUGACAUUUUGAUGCAAACAUUCAUGACAGAAAAUGUCGAGAAAAAUGCAAAAUAUGCUUAAUUUAUUUGCAUCUUUAUUGAUAUUGGAGAAAAAAUGUAUGGUGAUAAUAUAUUUUCAUUAAAAUAUAUCAAAAAAGACAUAAUAAUGUACUGCGUCAAGUAUAUCAUUAUAAGAUACUACCGCGUAUCUUUUUCCAGAAAUCGAGCUUCGUAUUUCGUUAGAUAUUUAGAUAUAUAACUGAUAAAAUUUAGGUAAAUAUACCUAUGGAAUAUAAACCUUAUUAAAUUUCCAAUUUGUAAAGACGAGUGGAAUUUUCGGAAGGAAUUUAGCCGUUUUUUUUUUUACGUAGCCUCGUGUAUCAUGCGCAAUGUUUAUACUUUACGAGUUGCAUAAGAUAACGCAAUCCUUGUACUUAACAGGUGAAAACAAGGUAUCAUUUCAUUCAGAAUGCAUGAUACAAGAGUGCUCUUUCCUGCACCUGUAAAUAGAUAUCCUAUUUGAAGGCAAACUGGUUAUAAAAUUAACAUCUUUUACAAAAAUAUUUUCUAUGUAUUAUACGGUUAUAUAAAUAAAAUUGUUCAUAUAUCUAUGUAAUAGCUAAUUCGCUAUGAUUUGUAAAUAAAAUAUACUAUUCUGCGA